CAAAAGUUACGAUAUUAUCGUGUCCAAGAGCUAGGACUAAAUUUCGUACGAAAAACAAACUAACGUAAAUACUGAAUACAAUAAAACUGUAAUAUACUAGAAAUGAUGAAUGGUGGAGUGAGUGCGGUUAAAAAGAUAGUUUUUUUUUUGGUUUGGACGUCCGGAUUUCGAGCUUUUAGCUCAUCAUCAGGUUGAAGGAGUUAUACAACCACGUUUCUCUCGACAUACUGUGUACUCCUAGAGUAUGGCUUCAACAAGCAGUGGGAUGGAUAUUGUCCAAGAAGAAAUUCGUCCUCUUCUCGAUCCUCAGCCGAGUACAAGCCAGGCACCUCCGGAUUUUGUCAUAACGCCUUCGUUUACAUCGUCGAAAAGAUCGUCUCUGCUUAGGCAGAUAUUUCUUGGGUUUGUUGUCGCUCUACCGAGUCUGCCGUGUGGCAUGAGUCUGGCGUUUUCUGCCACUUCAUUCGAAGAGUUAAACUUCACAGUAGACGAGGCGUCGUGGUUUGCGAGUGUGACAUACAUGGCUAUACCGAUUGGAUGCUUGAUUGUUGGAGAACUGAUGGAUAAGUACGGGAGAAGACCUGCAUUGAUAUUGAUAAACGUGGUGAAUUUUGUCGGCUGGCUCGUGUUGGCCGUGCCCUCCUCACAGCCCAGCGUUUACAAACUGAUAUUUGGAAGGAUUUUAACAGGCGUCGCUGUCGGCCUGGCUAGCAUCCCCGCGUCGGUUUAUGCAGCGGAAUGCCUCUGCAGUGCAGAUUUGCGCAUUCGAAGUUCACUGGUGACCUGGUCGACGGUUGCCCUGGGCGGAGGGAUAUUUGCCGUUUUCACAUCCGGCUCAUACCUCGAAUACCAUGAUGUCGCGAGUAUGGCGACCCUGUUUUCUAUCGUGGCGUUGAUCCUGGUUGCUAUUUUUAUACCCGAGAGUCCAGUCUGGCUGAGCAUGAAGGGCAGGCACGGGGAUGCCGAAUGGUCGCAAAAGGAGAUCAACAUCGUCCCUCCGCCUCAUCCGAUCGAACAACCCUCCGAAGUCGAAGAUUAUCCCGUUCUGCCAAAGCGGUAUCCAACUCCGCCUCCCAGGCCCGAAACAUUCAAAGAACUGCUCAAGCCCGAGGUGUACAAACCACUUAUGAUUAUGAUAGGAUUUCUCUUCUUCCAGCAAUUUUCCGGCGUUUACGUUAUGAUCGCUUACGUGGUUGAUAUAAUCAGAGCUUCUGGAGUCGUCACCUUGAGCGCUUAUUCCGUUACAGCUGUAGGAGGUGGGGCGAUUUUAUUGGUUUGCUUGAUCGCAAGUAUGAUCUACCCGGCUACGGGAGUCAGGUCCGUCGCUACGUUUUCCGGGGCUGGGAUUUUUCUGACGAUGUACGCAAACGGUACGUUUCUUAUGUUGAGACCGUACUGGGCUGCUUCUGCGGAAUGGCACUUCCUUCAUUGGGUUCCGAUUGUGCUGAUAUUGACCAACAUCGUAGUGAGCACAAUCGGAUUCCUCGUCUUGCCAUGGUCCAUGAUGGCGGAGGUUUUUCCUAUCAACGUCAAAGGCGUGGCUGCGGGUUUAGCGACGUGCAUCGGGUACAUCUUCAGCUUUAUAGUGCUCAAGACAUAUCCUUACAUCCAACUCGGGCUGGGUGUCAGCGGGGUGUUCUUUUUCUUUGGCACUAUGGCUCUUUUAGGGACUAUAUUCGUUGCUCUGUUUCUCCCUGAAACCAAGGGCAAAACCCUGGAAGAAAUCGUGGACGGUUUUUCAUCCCGUACUAAACGGAAGUUUUAAUCGACAUUUUAAAUGCCGUCAAUCUUGUAAAUAUUUUAAACACCAUUUUUAAUUGCAUUUGUAUAAAAAAACUUUUAAAAAAUAUAUAUGAUUUUUCUUGCUACUUAUAUUAAUUUUCGAAUCACUGGGUGAAUCUAUUUUUUAUGCGAAACAUUUAAAAAAUAUAUAUUUCAU